UGUUUUUUUUAGGUCUGAUUAAUACGAAGCUUCAGAUCAUAUCACCGUGGUCCUGUGACUGUGAUGAACUGGGACACAACAUCCACAUUGCUUAUCAGUGGGGCUGCGGACUCCUCUGUCCGGAUAUGGGACCUUCACCAGAAAUAUUGUACUCAUAGUCUUAAAGGUGCCUCUGGGGUGUUUGGUGCAGUAAUAUUUGAUCGUGAGCUGACCAAACGACCAAGGGUAUAUGGGGCAGCAGCUAAUACCAUACAUGUGUGGACUCUGCAGGCUGGUUCAUCACAGCAUGAUAAUUCUCUGGAAGGUCACCACUCAGCUGUUACCUCACUGGAAAUCACACAAGAUAAUGCACACCUUGUCAGUUGUGGGUUGGACCGUGUUAUCAUCGUGUGGGAGCUGGCAACCAUGGUCAGCAAGAAAGUUGUGCCAGUAUUUGAGUCUAUCUCAGGCUUUGUGUUACAGCCUCCUGGCACUGUCUUUCCUGGAGCUAAGGCAGGGGAUGGCCACAUAUAUGCUCUUGUUGUCGGCGAUAAAGGAAUUCCUGCAGUAUGGCAGGUGGAUGCUGGUCGGGAAGUGUGGAAGGCUUCAGCACCGGUGCUGACACCACCUGAUAAAGUUGGAGUUACUUUAAUUAAUCAAGUGACUCACUCACCAUCCCUUGACUCCAUUAUUAUGACUACCUAUGAUCAUUCAGUAAUCUUUGCAAAGACCUCUUCUCUGGAUAUAUGGAAACAGCUUGCAGGUUAUAAUGAUCAAAUUCUGGAUGCCAUUUUUGUGGGUGCAGGAGAAAGCCAUCUGGUGGUGGCCACAAAUAGCAUACAGCUUCGUAUUUACAACUGUCAAAGCUUCAGCUGUCAUCUAAUACAGGGGCACACUGCCCUUGUAUUAGCACUAUGUAGACAUCCAACUCAGCCACAAAUAUUUGCUUCAAGUUCCCAUGAUAACAGUGCUCUUGUUUGGCGAUUGAAAGAUGAUGGGACUGCUGUUUGCAUAGCUUCAGCUGUUGGUCACACACUUAGUGUAGGCUGUGUUGGACUUGCUGAAGGAUUUAUGGUGACUGCUAGUCAAGAUAUGUGUAUUAAGAAAUGGACUCUGGACAAGGAAAUAAAAGCUACAGACACCUCCAUCAGUCAUGUGUCUGUCUUAUCUUCUACACAUACAGAAAAAGCCCAUGAUAAAGAUAUUAAUUCUAUUUGUGUAUCUGUUAACUACAAAUUAAUUGCUACAGGCUCACUAGACAGAACUGCCAAGAUCUGGGACAGUAAAAACUUGUCAUUACUGGGAAUCCUUCGGGGUCAUCGGAGAGGUGUGUGGUGCGUCCAGUUCUCACCUGUGGAUGAGGUCCUGGCCACAGCUUCUGCUGAUGCCACCAUCAAAAUCUGGACUUUAUCAGAUUUUAGUAAUGCUGCUACCCUUGAAGGCCAUAGUGUGAGUGUUCUACGACUCUCUUGGGUGUCUGAAGGACAGCAAAUACUUUCCACUGGGUCAGAUGGACUUCUUAAAUUAUGGACAGUAAAGAGCCGUCAGUGCAUACAAACAUUUGAUGAGCAUGAAGACAAGGCUUGGGCCAUAGCAGUGUCGGAGAAUGAGACGAAGGUUGUGACUGGUGGGGAGGAUGCCACACUGGUUCUCUGGAAAGAUGUUACGCAAGAAGAAAAAGAUAAAGCUUUAGAGGAAGCUGCCAGACUGGCUGCAGAAGAACAAACACUGUCCAAUCUCAUCAAAGAUAAGAAGUGGGCCAAAGCCUUUGGGAUUGCAGUGCGUCUUGAUCAACCUUUUCGUGCCCUGAAUGUCAUGAAAGCAUUAUUAGAUGAUUGCCCAGAUCAGCUAACUGACAUCCUAAGUAAGCUAAGGCAGGAUCAAGUAGCAUCACUAUUAGGAUAUGCUGCUAUGUGGAACACCAAGACAAAACAUUCUCGUGAAGCUCAGAACAUCGUAAAUGUUUUGCUCAAGACUCACCUACCAGACGAGCUCGAAGAACUGGGUGCAUGGAAGCAGACACUGGAGGGUCUUCUUCCCUACACAGAGCGUCAUCUUCGUCGUUUGUCAGCCCUUCACCAGUCAUCCUCUAUCCUCAGCUACAUGUCAUCUUGCAUCUCUCUUGGGGGAGAUCUUAAAGACUUUCACCUGCCCCCAGUAUUGGAUAAUUUGGAGUUACUGCAAAAUAUAUAUUAUUCUUCAGCCAACAAAGAAGGCACCGAGAUGAAGGAGGAGAAAGUGGAGGAUGAGGAGGAGGAAGAUGAAGACCUUAGAGCAUCAGUUCAAGAUUCAAUUUUAGAAGUGGAUGAUAGUGAGAGUGAUGAAAAUAGUGGGGAGGAAGUUGAUACAGGAAAAGAAAUUGAAGAAAAUGAUGAUGAUGAAGGAAUUGACGAAGGUAGUUAUGAUGACACUGAGGAAUACGAUAAUGAAAGCGGUAACAGAGUGAAGAGCUCUGAGGUACCUCCUGCUUCUCUUGAUGACUUGAAUGCCAACUUUAUCAUUGAGAAGGUUGUUGUUGAAAGUUCUGAUGAUGAAAGCAUAACAAUGGCAUAUGAAAAUGAAGACCAAAAUAUAACUCCAAAAAGAAGGGGAUUUUCCAUGGAUCAGAUUCAGCUGGAGACAAAAAAAGGGAAAGAUAGCAGAGGAAGAGGGAUCUUUAAAGAUAGAGGAAGAAAAGGUGGAGGAGAAAAAUUUACUAAGAAGAAAGGAAGGAACUUGAAUGGAGUUGUACUUAAAGUCAGAAAAAAUAGAGUCAAAGUAAAGAAAAGAGCCACAGAAGAAAUAGAAGUAAAGGGAUCAAGAAGUGCUGGGAAAAGUAAAAGGAGUUUCAAGAGUAUGGUUUAACAUGGGAUAAUAACUUUGUUUCAUAAGUAAUUUUGACUUGUUUAUAAAUAUUUUAAGUAUGUCAGAUGUAGGUUUUAAUGUGUAAAUGUUAAUUAAGUAUUGCAUAAUGAAAAGUUAAUUUAAAAAAAAAAAAAAAUGAACUCAGUGGCCAUCUCCUGCUAAGGCAGGGUGACCCAAAGAAAACAUGUUUACCAACAUUCACUCAAUCAUCGUCUUUCCUAAAGUUCACUGACAUCACAGUCAGAUUACCCCUCCGACCACAUUCCCUCCCCGUUCCAGUCACGGUAUUGUGCCUUUUUUUUUUUUUAUGUUAUUCCCUCCCCUCCUACAGAGCACAGGCACUGCUCUUCUCAUCUACAAGACUCAAGCAGAGCAAACUGGUUUCCUUGAAUCCUUCAUAAAAGUUACCUUGAUUACACUCCAACAGCAUGUCCAUUAAGAACCGCUUGUCUUCAUUCACUCCUAUCCAGCACAAACCUGCUGGAUUCUCCGGCCUAAAAGUCAAAGCCUCUUGUACCCCCUGUCCCUCCAAACAUUCUUGGGAUAAUCCCUACCUCUCCUACCUUCCACUUCAGAUUUAUACUCCUUUGUCAGACUUGCUGUCCAUCCUUUCUGUAUGCCCAAACUUCCUCAACAAUCCCUCCUCAGCUCUCUGAAUUAUAUCCUUGGUCAACCCAGAUCUUUUUUUUUUUAUUUUUAUUUUUUUUUUUUUAACAAACCAGCCAUAUCCCACCGAGACAGGGUGACCUAAAAAAGAAAAAAGCUUCACUUUUUAAAUUUAGUAAUGUAUACAGAAGGGGUUACUAGCCCUGUGCUCCCGGCAUUUCAGUCGCCUCUUACGACACGCAUGGCUUACAAAGGAAGAAUUCUGUUCCACUUCCCCAUGGAGAUUUUUUUUAAUUUCUACUUUCAAAAUUCUCUGCAUGAUAUUCACACCACAUAUUGCUCUCAAAUGUGACAUCUUCCCUGCCUCUAGCCUCCUUUCACUGCAACAUUCAAAACCCAUUCCUCACACUCAUGUAAGUGUUCAUAUCACUAUUCACUGGUACAUUACUUUAUUUGUCUCCAUAGAUAGGCUUCUUUCUUUAACACAGCCCACCUUUUAUUAUCUUUCUUUCUUCUUUCAAUGCACCGGCUGUAUCCCACCAAGGUGGGGUGGCCCAAUAGGAAAAACAAAAGCUUCUUUUUUUAAAUUUAGUAAUAUAUACAGGAGAAGUGGUUACUAGCCCCUUGCUCUCAGCAUUUUAGUAGCCUCUUAUGACACGCAUGCUUACGGAGGAAGAAUUCUGUUCCACUUUCCUUAUUCUGUGGUCACCUCAUCUUUCAUAAACUUAUCCACUCCAAAUAUCUAAAAACAUCCACUUCUUCCAUACUCCCUCCAUAUAAUGUUCAAGGAAUCAUUGAAUAGACUCUUUGUCACACUUAUCACCCUGCUCUUUUCUAUGUUCACUUUUAAUUUCUUUUUUUAUAUAGCCAUUUAAAUUCAUCUUCCAACCUAUGUAAUUUGCCUUCAGAAUUCCCUACAAGGACUUUGUUAUCAGCCAAGAGCAGUUGGGGUAACUCCCAUUUGGUAUCAGAUCCAACAUCUUUCAAUCCCACAGUUUAUCUCAAUAUCCUAGCAUUUACUUUCACAACCCAAACUAUAAAUAUGUUAAACAAUCAUGGUGACAUUGUGCAUCCCUGUCUUCUUUCAUUGGGAAAUAGCCCCCUCCCACCUGAAUACCCUAACCUAAGCCUCACUCUCUCCAUUAAAACUCUUAGCUGCUUUUAGUACAACUCAUAUUAAAUAUGGGCAAGAGUGAGUAGCUGAGUCAGGAAACAAUUAUGAUUAUUGGCUUACAUAAAGAAGGCUAUCAAAUGAAAUACUAGAAGCCAGUGAUGUGUCUGAGCAUCCAGUGAGGCCCUGGUUGUGUCAGUUCCUUGAGGACAGUGUUCAUGACAUGUCCACACCAAAAGCACAUCUAGGGAAUCCUAGAAAAAUGUCCCCAUUAAUAUUAAUAAUGUAUACCUAGAAUUGGCCUGUUAUCAUUUGCCCAAAUCUUUCUCCAAGUGUGGUGCAAGGUUUUUACAAAACAGUACUCCUUGCCACAUCAUGAAAUCUGUUGAUGGCUUUGUGACUAUAGGUUCCCUUCUUUGAUGAUUAGCCAGGAAACUCCCCAGACUUAAAUCCCAUUGAGAACCUCUGAGCUGAGAUAGAGAGGACUACUAAGGGAAGGAUAUCAGCUCACUCCCAUGGCUUUCGGAUGCCAUCUGUGAGUUGGGAAAUUUAUCCCACAAAGCCCUGAAGAAUGUGUGCUAAUCACUUCCUAUACAGUUGAAGGAUGUCUUAAAGCUCAGGGGAUGACCUAUUUUGUGGUCGUGAUUUGAGAGGGGAGCCGGUGUACUUUUAUGAGCAAUGUAUUAAACACAUUAAUUGCUCCAACAUUUUAUCCCCACCAGCUUUUAACAUCUUACUUUUGAAGAGUAUCAAGAGUUUUUUCCCUACUCCCAGAGCCAGGCUUGUCUGGUCAACCAGGCUGUUGCUGCUGGCAUAUCAGAGCUGCUUCACUCCCUUUCAGUCCUUUACUUACUUUCCCCACAUCCAUAUUAGGCUCCUCAUUCCUAUACAGUGUUAUCCUACCCUGCCCUAUAAUGAAAAGUUAUCUGAAAAAUUAUCACUUCUCUGUGAUGUAUUUCAAUAAGUAAUUAUGUGGAAAUAUUUAUUUUUCCAACAAUCUGCAUUUGUUAAAAAAACAUCAGACACAGGCAUUAUAAAAUACAGUGGACCCCCGGCUUACGAUAUUAUUUCAUUCCAGAAGUAUGUUCAGGUGCCAUUACUGAACGAAUUUGGUCCCAUAAGGAAUAUUGUGAAUUAGAUUAGUCCAUUUCAGACCCCCAAACAUACACGUACAAACGCACUUUACAUAAAUACACUUACAUAAUUGGUCGCAUUGGGAGCUGAUCGUAAAGCGGGGGUCCACUGUAUUUAUUUUUCCAACAGUUUGCAUUGUUAAAAAACAUCAGACAUAGACAUUAUUUUAUAGCAUUUCUUGUAAUAUUUAAUUUUGUUUUGUAAUGAGAAGUGCUGACAUUUGAAUUGCAUACAGCAAAUCCUCAAUUUAAUGUAUUAAUAAUGGGGGAGUGGGUAGUCAUUAAUGAAGAUUGUGGUUGAGAGAAGAAGGUUUUGCCGACAUCAUAGCAACAGCAAAUUUUGCCCAUCGUUUUUGAAUCUUUUAACCCAGCAGAUUUUGUCCUGUAUUUCCAAAGUCCAUUAAAUUGAGGGUUUCCUUGACUAAAAUAUUUUUGGGGGAAAAGAGAGUCAGUGACACUAUCAGAGUUGUAUAUUUAUCAAUUAAAAUAAUUGAUAUUCA